AUGCUUCAUUUUGAAGGCCUUUUCCUCUCCUCAAAUAGCAGUUCAAAUGCUUCAUCUUCAGAAGGUGUACCACUCACAGGAAGCUGCAGCUACACACCUCAUUCGUUCCCAAAGUUCCAGCAUCCUUCUUAUGAACUGCUGAAGGAAAACGGCUUCACCCAACACAUGUACCACAAGUAUCGCCGAAAGUGCCUAAGUGAGAGAAAACGCUUGGGAAUUGGACAGUCACAGGAAAUGAAUACCCUCUUUCGUUUCUGGUCCUUCUUCCUCAGAGACAACUUUGAUAGGAAAAUGUAUGAGGAAUUUAGACAACUUGCUUGGGAAGAUGCAAAAGAGAAUUACAGGUAUGGGUUAGAAUGUCUGUUCAGGUUUUAUAGUUAUGGACUGGAAAAAAAAUUCAGACAAGAAAUUUUUAAGGAUUUUCAAGAAGAAACCAAAAAAGACUACGAAUCUGGCCAACUAUAUGGACUGGAAAAAUUUUGGGCCUAUCUGAAAUAUUCUCAAUCUAAGAGCCAGUCUGUUGACCCAAAACUUCAGGAAUACCUCUGCAGUUUUAAGAAGUUAGAAGAUUUCCGUGUUGAUAUUCCAAAAAAUUGGGGCAUGGAGAGAUAG